GAUCAUCAAAGCGCCGCGAGGAAUUAGAUGCGCCCUUGCCCAAACGAGUCUCGCAGCUUACUAGGCACUCGUACCCUCUUUUGAUUUUCAUCCCACUUCCCUCCAUCGCGCACGACACCUCCCUCGCGCCGCGACCGUGAUAUUUAUAUGGCGAACAUGGAAGGCGAGCAAACAAUCGGAGCCAAGGAGCCAAUGGUCACACUUAUUUCAUCUCAGCUUUUUCCAAUGCAGUGUAGUUUGGAUGCCCUUCGCAGCCCCACGGACGCAGUCUAAAGAAACGGUCGAUCAUUUCACAAUUUCCAACAUGCACUGCAGGAGGCAGGUAGGUACAUAGGUAUAAGAAAAAGGUCCUCGCCCACCUCCCCCCUCCUCCCUCAAGUUAAGCAGGGGUGAAUGCUUUGCCUUCCUUUUGAUAUUCGCCUUCCUACUUGAUCUUCACAUACCUACCCUUCUUCGACCUCAUCAUCUUCCUUCCACAUUUAAUCAUUCUUCCAAGGGAAAGACUCUGUGCUCGGUCGUCGUUGGAGCCAGCAUACAUUCAUACAUUGCCAUCAUAUCCAUUCGUUCCCACGGUCAUGUUACUGUCCCCUUCUUAACUUUUUACUUUGUCACCAUAGCUGGAAGAUUGAAUCUUUCCUUUUCCUUUCAUCAUUCCAAAAGAAAUUUUAAUUCCUCAAAUCGUUUGGUGAAACCUCAGUUCUCCUUUCGGGACCAUUUCGCAUCUAACGGGCAUCCAUUCGUUUCAACCAAACAUUAAUUCGAUAUACCAAGACUUGAUACUGCAGCCUUCACCCAUUUCCUGCUGUGAUAGUCCAACCUGCAGCAAACCACGAUAACCCGCAUUUCAUUCUCCUUUUCACCAUCAUUUCACGAAAUCAUACAGAAAUAAUCUAAGCCUCAAACCCGCCUUCCUGAGUGAAUACCAUUUAUUCUUUCCGUCAUCAUCUUGUGUCUAAACUCUUCGACCGAAUAGGCGGAGCGUUGCUCAACAUAAUUAUUCUCGAAUUUUACCUGGUUAAACAGGAACUCGGAUAUCGUGUUACUAAAGAUCUCUGAAUUACUCGGAUUAGCCAAUUUGCUGGAGAGUCAUUGCUUUUUAUCACUCAUCCCCAGACGGGCACUUUUCGAAACUUCGCGCAUGGUGUUCUUCUGUCCCUCAACUUGAGAUACCGCAGUCGGCGAUUUGAUAUUCGGUCCAGAUCAUACCACCCUUCUGCCGAAAGUUUACCACAUUCAAAACUGUUCUUCGGAGUUCAAGAUGGUUCAAUACGAUACUUCACCAUGGCCGGUGAGAGAUAUCGUCUAUACCGCUAUAAUGGGUUCAGUCAUGCUUGCCGCAUUUCUCGAGUGGUUUCUCUGGCUGGCGGCGUUCAUGUAUUGUCUAUUCAAAGUUUUCCAAAAGGCUGAGCACUGGUCCGUCCGGGUUUUGUCAAUAAUAGUGGCGAUUAUUUUCUUUCUCUUGAGAGCAAUUUACCUGCCCAUUAUGGUUGUCACACUCCCUUUACCAGAAGGAGUCACUCAAUACUUCCCCAAAGAAAUGGUCAGCUUUCUUCAAUGGUUCGGAUUUUGGUCAUUCGCGGCUCUUCUUACGAUUCCAUGGCUCUUUUGCGUCUACCAAAUUGUAACAAAUUCCUUGGGACGAAAAAAGCGUAUAAAGCAAGUGUUGGAUGAGCACUCAGCACCAAAGGUUGUGAUUGUCAUGCCAUGUUACAAGGAAGAACCAGAUAUUUUGGUGACGGCUAUCGAUUCAAUUGUGGAUUGCGAUUACCCUCCUUCUUGUAUUCACGUCUUUCUUUCCUUCGAUGGCGAUCAAGAGGAUGAAUUAUACCUUAAGACGAUUGAAGCACUAGGAGUUCCGUUGUCUCUAGAUUCCUACCCAAAGAGUAUCGACGUCACCUACCGAACUGCCCGGAUUACAGUCUCUCGAUUUCCACACGGCGGAAAACGACAUUGUCAGAAAGCCACAUUCAAGUUGAUCGACAAAGUUUAUACCGAAUACCUGAAGCGCAAUGACAAUCUGUUCAUUCUUUUUAUCGACUCCGAUUGUAUUUUGGAUCGUGUUUGUCUCCAGAACUUCAUGUACGAUAUGGAGCUGAGCCCGGGGAACACCAGAGACAUGCUGGCAAUGACAGGUGUGAUUACUUCGACUACAAAGAAACACAGUCUUAUUACUCUGCUCCAAGAUAUGGAAUAUAUUCACGGCCAACUCUUUGAGCGAACGGUCGAGUCAGGUUGUGGUUCCGUCACGUGCUUGCCGGGAGCUUUAACGAUGCUACGAUUUUCUGCCUUUCGCCGUAUGGCCAAGUACUAUUUUGCUGACAAGGCUGAGCAAUGCGAUGAUCUUUUCGAUUACGGUAAAUGCCAUUUGGGAGAGGAUCGAUGGCUCACCCAUCUUUUCAUGAUUGGAGCAAAGAAGAGGUUUCAGAUUCAAAUGUGUACCUCUGCUUUCUGCAAGACCGAAGCUGUUCAAACUUACCAAUCUCUGAUUAAGCAGCGUCGUCGUUGGUUCCUGGGAUUUAUCACCAAUGAAGUUUGUAUGUUGACUGACAUCAGAAUCUGGAAGAGAUAUCCAAUCCUGGCCGUCGUGCGAUUUAUGCAGAACACGAUCCGAACAACAGCUCUACUAUUCUUCAUUAUGGUACUUUCAAUCGUCACAACUACUAAGAAAGUUCAAGAUCUCCCAGUUGGAUUUAUUGGUAUAUCACUCGGCCUCAAUUGGCUGAUGAUGAUCUACUUUGGUGCUAAACUCCGUCGUUUCAAGAUUUGGCUCUACCCAUUGAUGUUCAUCAUCAAUCCUUUUUUCAACUGGUAUUACAUGGUUUAUGGCAUCUUCACUUGCGGACAACGAACUUGGGGUGGACCUCGAGCAGAUGCUGGAGCUGCCGAUUCGACCACAAGUCCACAACAAGUUAUCGAAGCAGCAGAGGAGGCUGGAGAUGAGCUUAAUGUUAUUCCAGAAACAUUCAAACCCGCUGCCGAAGCUCGAAACAACCAAGUCGUUCGCCGCCCAACGCUUCCUUUAUUGCCUCCGACUCGUCUCGAAGGUCGUUUCGCAGCUGCGGAGAGACUCCCAGGUGGAUGGUAUGAGCAUGUCAAUGACUCUCUUACUAGCGUUGCUGUCGGACGCGUUGCACCUUCUGGGCGAAACCCCACGGGAUCUAGAGAAUCUAUCGAUAGUUACGUGUCAGGGUUUACCGGUACAAAUUCAGUGUAUAUGCCAAGACGAGUGGAGAGUAUUAUGGGAGAAGAGGAUAGAAAGAAGUACGAGAUUGCUCAAGCCAAUCAAAAGGCACCAGCUGGAGCAUACUACAACCAGGGAUACGUUUAUGAAAUUCCUGAUGGACCUGAGGCCAAGGGUAGCUUCCAAGAUUCAGUGGAAUCUUUGGCGUCCAUGGAUGGAACGACAUCAAAUUCUUUGGCAGUUCCUCAAGCAUCUUCGUACCGAAAUGGACGAAGUCCUCUGGGUCGUUUGUCUUUGAUUCGUUCCAAUUCGAGGGAUGACCCAAUUGAGAUGGACGACCAACGAUCGGAUAGAGAUCACCAUUCUGACAGUUCAAACUCUCCCGAACCGAAACCAAAACGUUGAGAAGAGUCUUAGGUGAAAAUAGGGUUUUAGCAUUCUGUAUGGGAAAAUGGGAUUUAUCGGGUUGGGCCCAAAGAGCCUGUAGGAAGGUUCAUCGGCUGAAAAGUUCUACGGAACAAGCAUAGGGGAGGGGUGAAAUUCUUGGGCGUUACAAAGGGCAUUCACACAGCAUGGCAUCUGCAUAUUGCAUCCUGCAUUUUGAUGGUUUUUUAUACACCAUAUUGAAAUGGGCAUAGCGCGGCGUAAAAACAACCAUACCAGACCACGAGCAUAGAAAGGCACGUGGAGGAAUUUUGCAUCAUAGAAGCCAAAGGAGGAUAAAUUUUGGCACGAGUUGUAAUUAAUGAUGAAAGAAAACUGAAGAGAGAGCUACAGUACAAUAAUUCGAAUAAAGUACACAAUUUUGCUGUCA